AUGUCUUCUUUAGAUCCAUUACCAAUAAACGAAAGAAAUAUUGUUAAUGUUCUUGAAAAGGCAAGUGGACCAUUAUCUAAUGGAUCAACUGAUCAAAAAAUAGCGGAACAACACUUGAAAAACUGGGAAACUGUUCCAGGUUAUUAUUAUAAUUUGCAAUCCAUAUAUCUGGACUUAUCAAUCCCUUUACAAAUUAGAUGGUUAGCAAUUAUUCAAUUCAAAAAUGGCUUGGAGAAAUAUUGGAGAGCAUCAAGAGUGAACUCCAUUAAAAAAGAUGAAAAACGUGAGAUUAGAAACAGAUUGUUUGAAUUAUUAGAUGAAAAAAAUAACCAAUUAUGUAUUCAAAAUGCACAAGCCAUAGCAAGAAUAUGCAGAGUUGAUUUCCCAACUGAAUGGCCUGAUUUAUUUGAAAAUAUUCAAAGUUUUUUAGACAACGAACAAGUUUGGAAAGAUGAAAUUAAAAUUUAUAAUUUACUUAUUCAGUUAAACCAAGUGAUUAAGAUUUUAGUUAAUGUCAGGAUUGGAAGAUGUAGGCCAGCUUUGCAAGCCAAAUUACCACUAAUUUUUCCGCUUUUAGUUCGUGUUUAUUUAUACUAUUUUAACGAGUGGACAUCAUCAUAUAAUAGUAAUAAUAAUAAUAAUAAUAAUAAUAAUAAUAAUAAUAAUAAUAAUAAUAAUAAUAAUAAUAAUAAUAAUAAUAAUAAUAAUAGUCCAAAUGAAGAUAUUCUGAGUAGUUUGCACAUCUCAUAUGUCUGUUGUAAAGUUUUAAGAAGGAUUAUUUGCGGUGGUUUAGAAUCACCACACAAAUAUGAGCCUUGUGUUGAAUAUAUGAAUAUUAGCAUACAACACUUUGAAAUUCUGUUGAAUAAUUACGACCAAUGUAAACUCAGAUUUGAUCAAUAUGAAAAGUUUGUUAAAUGUUUUGGUAAAUUAUAUUUUAAUUUUAUAUCUGGCUCGCCAACUAACUUUGUCAUGUUACCAUGUUCCAAACAAAUUUUAAUAUCUUUAAUAACCUUAUUAAUUAAUAAAGCUCCACAAGUAUAUAAUGAAAACACAGAAGAAAAUGACUUUUGGGAACAAAUUAGUAUACGAGGGUUAUUAAUUUUAAAAAAAACUAUAAAUUUCCUUGACAAAAAGGGUGCGAUCACUAUUAAGUCCAAAAAUGAUAAAAAUGAAAUUAAUUUUGCCAUUUCCGUUUUAAAAUCAAAAAUUUUCACUCCACAAAUGAUCACUGAAUUUAUGGAUGUUUUAAUUAAUUGGUAUUUAAAAUUAAGACCUAUUGAGUUAGAAAACUGGAAAUUAGACCCUGAAGAGUGGAUUAGUGAGCAAAUAGCCACUUCUUAUGAAUAUCAAGUUAGACCAUGUGCCGAAAAUUUUUUCAAAGAUUUUAUGCAUGUGUUUAAAGCCACUUGUGCACCAUAUCUUUUAAAUAAAAUUGAAAAUAGCAGUUCCCAAGUAGACUUUUUAACAAGAGAUGCACUGUUUGCCUCUUUCCAAUUAAGUUGCAAUUCUAUUACCGAUAUUGUGGAUUUUAACAAAUUAUUAGUUACAGUAUUCUUGCCUCAAGUUAAUCCAAAUAAUUAUAAUGAGGAUGAAUUGAAAAUUAUUAUUAGAAGAGUUUGCUUAAUUAUCAACGAUUGGUGUGAGGUUCAAUGUUCACAGGAGAGUAGGGUUAUUUGUUAUGAUUUUUUAGCACAGUUGCUAACCUCUUCUUUUGCAUCUAAUGAUAAAGUGAUCCAAUUAACUGCAAUCAGUUGUCUAAGAACUAUGAUAGAUGAUUGGAAUUUCGAAAAGGAUAAAUUCCAGCCCUUUUUGGAAAAAUAUGUAAAUAUUUUACUGAGAAAUAUUUUGCCUCAAGUUUCAAUGACUCAAACAAGAUUAUAUGUUUUAGAAACUAUUUGUGAUUUGAUUAUAAAGACAAAACCCUUAAUUGAUAAAACCACUUUGGUGGAAAUUUUACAAAUCAUUCCACCUUUAUGGGAGGCAACCACUUCAGUUACUAAUACAUCAGCCACAACAACAAUUACUAAUAAUGAAUUCAUUCUAUCAAAUGUCUUAUUAAGAUUAUUAAAAAAUUUAGUUAUAUCUUUAGGUGAGCAUUCUCAUUUAACUUGGGAAAUUUCUAUCCCUAUUGUGGAAAUGUGUUGUAACCCAUCCUCUCCGAAUUAUACUUUGUUAUAUGAAGAUGGGUUUGAAUUGUGGCACAGUUUGAUUAAUAAUUAUCCACUUGGCGAUAAUGCAGCUAAUGGAAUACCUCAAUUUACAAACCUAUUACCAUAUUUAUUGAAUGGAGUUGAGGAUAAAAUAGAGAUUUUGCCAACAUUGUUGGAAAUCAUGAAAAGUUACAUAUUGGUUAUCCCAAAUAUAGAAGAUAUUUUGAAAAUUAAGGAAUUCUAUGCAAUUUCUACUAUUUUAAGUACAAAUAUAUUGAAAUUGAGAGAUGAUUCUUUUGAAUUGAUUUUGAGUAUUUGGGAUAUUAUAAUUGUCAAAUAUUAUGGACGUGGUGAUCAUGAUGGCAAUACUGAUAUUUCGAAUAACAUGUUAUUUAAUUGGUUUUACAAUGCGCAAAUAUUGUCUAAUUUAACCUAUUCUAUUUUUUUAGUGGAAAGGUUAAGUGAUUAUCAAUUAAGUCAAUUAUUUAAUAUAAUUGCGCGUUUAUCAUUCGAAGAUUUCAAGUUAGUUAUUCAAUUUUUAUCUACAUAUCAACUUGAAAUAUUGCCGGCAAUGGACGUACAAAAUAGGUUGCCAUUGAGUGAGCGCGAAGUUGUUUUCAAAGAGAUGGCAUUUAGCAAGAUUUUAGAAAAAUUUUUAAUUAUAUGGUUACAAAGUUUUAAUUCCAUGUACGAUCCUAAAUUAAAGAAGAUUGGUAUAUUGGGGAUUAGUAAAUUUCUUUUGAGUCCACAGGUUCUGGAAAUCUCAAAUAUGUUUAAUAGUAUUAGCUCAUUAUGGGUUGAAAUGAUGGAAGAAAUAAAUGAAUUGGAUAGUGGUGAUUGCGAAAAAUAUCAUGCCUAUGAUUUAGAAGAGCAGCAAUAUAAAGAUCAAAUACAAGAGCAAUUGCCACCUGAAUACAUCAGAUUGAAAAAUUUAAAAUUAUUAAAAGAUCCUGUUUUCACAGUUAAUCUAAAAAACUUUAUCAGAGAAUUACUUACCUCCAUCAGGGUUGAUGUUUUGGGAAAUUCAAAAUAUAAUGCGUUCAUUACAGAUUAUGCUAAUCCUUCCAUUUUGGAAAAUAUACAAACUUUUUUAAGCAUUAGAAGAAAUUGA